AUGCCGUCAGUUACCGGAUCGACAUUUGUUUCUGUCAUGAAAUUGUUUACCAAAAAACGAAAUGAUGAUGGAAAAGUUUCUUCUCAGAAAGAGCAGCUUAAUGAGCUGCAGUCAACAGCAAUACUUGACAGUAAAAUUAAAGAAUUAAAAAGUAACAAGAUUAUCUCAAAUGUGAUCACUCAACAAGUUUCCGAACAUCAAGGGGAUGGUGUGAAAAGAAUAUCGUCAGAUGGAGUAAGUAAACCCGUGGCAGUGUUAGAGGCAUCUCGUGAGUCACUACCAAGCAUUGAUACAAGGACAAUCACACGACAGUCAAAAGUACGAGUUGCACAGACACCAGAAGCAGUUGUUGCUCCAUUGUCCAAAGCCACGACAGAAAGUAUAGUUUCGGUUGCUGCUUGUAAAGAUGUAAAAACUUCGUCAUCAAAUGUAAUGGGACAGUCAAUACCAACCGAAACAUCAUGUCAAUCUUCUAAUCGUGUUCCAUCUCCAUCUGUUACACAGCAGACGCAAAUAUCUCAGCAAGUUGUGCCACCAAAAGCAGCACCACAGGUUGUAGCAAUGAAACCUCUGGCCCAACAGCAACUUCCAGUAAAGGCUGAUUCUGAGUCUCACAAGCAACAACAACCCCUAGCUACGUCAACUCCGAUCAAAAGCAUUACGCAACAAAUAUCAUCAGUUAUUUCUUCUUCUGUGCCGAUUGAUAAUUCUGUAACAUCUACUCCUUCUGCAAAUCUCGUUGAUUCUGUACGAUCGAAGCAUGAAAAAUUAGAAAGUUCUAGAAGAGAAGUACAGAAACCAGCUCACGUCCGACAGAGGACAAUAACUUUGCAAAGCCAAGUCAGCCUUGAGAUUGCCGCAGCAUAUAACGAAAUCAAGCAUAUGAAUUUGGAUGAUCCUUCAACAGAACUUGUACGGCGUAUUCAGGCAAUUGUCGCGUUGAAGGAGAAAGAGUGGUUUGCAAAAAAUGAGAAGCUAAGCCAACUAAUUUCACAUGAACAAAAACGAAAUGAACAAUUAGAGCAGAAAGCUGCCGAACGUUUGGUAGCUGUAUGUGAGUACGAAAAACUAGUGAAAGAAUUUGUUGAUGAACUAAAGAGGAGAAGUUCUUCUAAUGCAGAACGGAAAAACACAAAUAAACCUGGACCAGAAAACAAUCUGUCAUCAGAUGAUGUUGGUCAGUUAGUGAAGGAACGGGAUCACCUUAUUGAUGAAGUUAAUUCACUUGAAAGAACAUACGGUGAAUUGUUCAAACGGUAUGAAAAAUUGCGACAGUUAUGUGUUGAGAUUAAAGAGAGUGAAAAAAAAGCUAAGCUUGCAUCAGAAGAAAUUGCCAAGAAGUAUUCCAUUCUUAUAGAGAAGUUCGACAUCCUUCGACAGAAUGCUGAAGAGCAACUCGAUCUUGCAAACAACGAAAUUGAUCGGAUGAUAAAACAACAUGAAGCGGAUACAAUUGCUUUGCGGUUAAAAGUCAGACAUCAGGAGUCCAAAAUUAACAGUCUUUCUGUUAGCCUAGAGGCAAAACAAAAAGAAGUGGAUAACAUGACGUCGAUAUUUGAGGAAGUUAUUAAAAAAGCAGAAGAUAAUAAUGAAGAAGCUGGUGGUGAUUCAUGCCAAUGA